AUGCGUGACAAACACCAGAAUGCUGACAGCCUUAGCAAGAAAACCGAGUACUAUGAAAGAUUGAAACAGAAGCAAGCCAAUCAGACAGAAAUCAAGGAAGGAUUCUCGUUUCUGGACAAAGAAACUUAUGAAGCGCUUCCCUUGAUGAGAUGGUUGGACAAGUCUGGACAUCCAACUCCAGGGCAUCCUGUGUUACCUAAACGGAAAGAACAGGGGAACGACAUACAAAAGGAAACCGUUACCUUUGAUGACCUGCAGAAGGAAAGCGAGGAAGUUAUUCGAAGCCUGGAGCAAGGAAAUUUGUCCGGGGAGACGGACGGUGAAGCGGGAGGGCAAGUUCAGCAUCAACAACCGGGACAAGAAAGUUUGUCCGGGGAGUCUGAUGUAGAAGAGAAAGUUCCUGAUGAGGAACAGGACCAGCAGAACAAAAUUGUGUCCGGAGAGUUCAUGUGGAUGAGCAGGACACACAGAACUGACCCAGGAGAGGGAACAGGCUCCGUCGCAGACUCUUCAAUAGAUGAUAGUUCCCGGAACUCAAGAAUUGACACCUACUCAGACAGGAACUCGAGCUCAGGAUCGGAACUGUCAGAGCUAGCUAUCCACACACUACUAGUGGAGACUCAAGCAAGAGAUCUGGACAGGGAGUUAUAUCAAGACCCCGACAGUGAUCGCCACCUCAUACCAGGUGAAAGAGUCUUUGACAACGCAGCAGCUGAUUUGGAAACAAUAGCAACGUACUUGAAAGCGAGAUACAGACUCUCGGACCUACUAAGAGCGCCGAGAAACGACCGCAUGACAAGCAACCUGAAAAGGUGGAUAGACAAUGGUGCUACGGACAAAGGAGACCUGGAGGAAGACAGUUACCGUAUUCUGAGACAGUACUCUAUGCAGAAAGAGGGAAAGUUAUAUCUGAACAAGGACGGGAUUGUGGCUUGCAAGAGAAGAGAAGAAGACAAAACUCGACAGAAUGACAGGACAAGAUCUAAGAAGAAAUAUAACCCUUACGGCGACGACUUUGUAGUGGACAGGAUAGAUCUAAAGAAGGUACUGGAAGAAGUGGUGGGUCUAGAAGGAAUAAACGUGUCGCAAGACAUCGACAUAGUAGAUGACCACGAUGAGGAAUGGAUCGAGGACCGGUCGAAUCCCGAGGUAGAAUUCGACGAAGAGCAACAUCAAUCCUACGAACAAGAUUUGACGAAUCUGCGUGUCUUGGAGUGGCUGAGCGAAAUGACGUCGGACCCAAAGGAGACCAGUGUCACGAUUCAAGAUGUAGAUCGUGAAAGCAUGAAAUACAUAAAAACCGAAAGAGAGGAUCCUUCAUGGGCUGCCCAGGAAGGGCAAUUACUCAUUUCAGCUUCCAACCUCGACUUGAUAUCCGGGAGUGACUUGGCGAAUGAGCCUAGAUUGGGAAGUUCGAGGAAAUACCAGCCAGGUGAGAUGCCUUUGCCCACCAAGCCUAAGCCUGGACUGAGGAGGAUGCAUCAGGAAAAGAACAGCGAGGCUGUCUCGUCUAGUUCACAACUGAGAGCAGCUGUGCCACCAAAGAGGGCGAGAGUAGAAGAGGAGGUUCAAUUGAACGAAACCAUGCAAGAUCUAAAUGGGAAAAAAGACGAACUGGAAAAGACCAAGAAGGAGCUGGAUGAAAUGACUAAGACCAUGCUCAGUAUGGAAGAAGAUAGAGACAUGUGGAAGAAACUGUUUGAGGACUGCAACAAGAAACAGGGUGAAGAAAGAGAGUGCUUGAGGCGGGAGUACAAAGAAAAAUCGGAGCGGCGCUGGCGUUGA